AUGGAGGCUAGUGUUGUCACCCCACGUGGACUAGCGACUGCGCUGUGUUCCGGGCAUCUAACUCAGCGAUAUCGUGGAGUUGAUACCAAACGCGUUGGAUCUCUUAUACCACCAUACUCUCAGCUAGACGAUCCGAAAGAGCACAAUCGAAAGCCGAAAAGAACAAGGCAGAGGGUAUCUGUCGCGGCCAACAUGCAGCGAGCACGGAACUGUCACAAUAACAUCGAGAAGAAGUACAGGGAAAGGAAAAGUUGA